AUCCUCAUUCUAGCCUAUUCUUCAUAGCCUACAAUACUUCCCAAUCGCAGAAGUGUUAUUGUUUUGAUUGCGGAAGUUUAGUAGGCUAGAAUUGCAACAAUGUAGCGUUGCCAUUGCUACAACAUUGUAUCUCUAGCGUGCUCGAGCUUUCAAUUCCCGUUUGACAGUUCGCUCAUAUAAGUGUGCUAUCAUGAUUAGGCAACUGAUAUCAAGUUGGCUAGCUGUUAUAGUUGGUGUUUGAGUAGUGGUCUUACAAUCCACCGUAAGACUUUAAAAAAUAUGUUUUUAAUCACAGAAUUAUAAAGCCGCUGUGAUUUAAUUUUCCGGCCCACCAAUCCUCGGAUUUGAGUGUGCGCUCAGCCGGAUUUAGGUUUAAAUCAGGCCGGUGGAAGAAGGGACAGCAGCUCAAUUGCAGUAGAGUUGGCUCUGUCUGGUCAUUCACUUAUAGUGAACAUAAUAAUGGGAUGCACUUUAUAUACAUGUUUGUUUAGGAAGAUAUAAGGUUUAGAUGCUAAUGAUGAUCAUCAUAAAGGGCUGUCAUUGUCAAAGUUUUGUAAAGAAUGUUGUUGCCUAAUAAUCAGACUGUAGGCCUAAUCACAGUCCCAUCCUUACAGCUGUAGCCUUUCCGUUGUUUUAAUUUCUUUCACUGCCUGGUGUAAUGUGUUGUUGUGAACCAGGUCCAGGUGCCAAAGCAGAGACACAUAUCAUUACAGACGUUUCCUCUCUUGUUUUUGUCACUGCAACUUCAUUUGGGAUAAUUUAGAGUUGAGUGUAAACAUCAGAGACAAUAACUAUUGUAGUGGAUAAAGACCCAGGGGUAAUGCUGGAACAAGCCAAUGGUCUUGCACCUGUGAGAUUUGUGUGUGUUUUUUGUUAUGUGCCCGUGUGUGUGUUGGCUCACACUGUGGAACUGGUCUGUCUGUCCGCUGGAAUUCCCCUUAUGGUUGGGAAUGGCUCUCUCUUCCUGCUUCUCAACUAUGAGCCUAUUAUUAAACUGCUGUGUGUGAGUUGCCAUAGGAAACCCAGAUUGAAGCAUCUCUUGGUUUCCACUCCAGUGGUUACCUGUGACAUAAAUAUACACACCAGUGGUUACCUGUGAUAUAAAUAUACACACCAGUGGAGGCUUUUCAGAGGAGGAAGGGGAGGACCCCACUCCUCAGUGAUUUUCAGGAGGAAAAACAAAUCUGUAAAACAUAAAAAAUGUAUCCUUUUAAAGAUAAAACUAUACUAAAUAUAAUCAAGUCACCAAAUAAUUGAUUAAAACAUACUAUUUUUCAAAUGAGGUCUACAGUAGCCUCAACAGCACUCUGUAGGGUAGCACCAUGGUGUAUCCAGAGGACAGAUGGUUUCCGUCUUCCCCAUGGUACAUUGACUUCAAUACUAAACAUAGGAGGCUCAUGGUUCUCACCCCAUUCUAUGUACUUACACAGUAACUGACAACUCCCGGAGGAUGUCUUCCAACCUAUCAGAGCUCUUGCAGCAUGAACUGACAUGUUGUCCACCCAAUCAAAGAAUCAGAGAAUGAAUCUAGUACUGAAAGCAUAAGACACAGCUAGCUAGCACUGCAGUGCAUACAAUGUGGUGAGUAGUUGACUCAAAGAGAAAGACAAUAGUUAAACAGUUAUGAACAAAUUAAUUUCUUCCAAAAUGAAGGAGAAGCAAGAUGGAGAGAUUUCAUAUUUUUUUUCAGUUAGCUAGCAAAUGCAGCUAGCUAGUUUAGCCUACUAAAACACCCUGCUCAAACAGAGGGAUGCUAUGUUAGCUAGCUGGCUAUGACUAUCCAACACAACACUGGAACUCUUCCAAGUCAAGAACCCUGACAUGUCCGGUCCCACCUGGCUGCCGCCAAGGACUCUGGGUAGCCCAGAGAGAACUGUUCCUCAAUUGUCCCACUCCGGGCCAGCCAUGUACAGACAGAAGGUCUCCUCGGACCCCCGGCCCAAGUAUGGGGUCUAUGACCAGAAAGGAGGUGGAGGAGGAAUGGCCACUAGGUACAUGGCUACUGGACCCACAGGUGGACCCAUGCAGCACCAAGAGGAGCCAGGGUUUCACCCUAAAUCUAACGACCACUACUACCAACCACCUCCCCACGGGCUCAAAGAAGACCGGUCCUGGAACCCUCACAUGGACAGCUAUGAGCUAAUGCAUCGUGGACCUGAGAAGCCAAGUGGACACCACUCCAACCUCGAUGCAGAGAUUGACUCUCUCACCUGCAUGCUGGCCGAUCUGGACAGUCAUCCACAGAACAGCACACAGCUGUACGAUAACGUGCCUUACAACAAACACAUCUCAGGGGACCGCUACAAACCCUCAACCCAGCCAGGAACACUCUCUCAGGGCAGGCCGUCCAUGGGUUACCCCCCCCACCCCCAGACCCAGUACCAUCCAGCACCCCCUUACCCCAGUGAUCCCCACCAGGUUCCCCAGUACUCCCCCCAACCAGACUACACCUAUGCCCAGGUGUCCAAACCCUACCCCCAGCCUGUCCCUGCCUCCUAUACCACCUCUUCUACCCCUACUGGCCCGAGGUUCAGCGUCCAGGUCAAAACAGCCCAGCCUGUCACAUACUCCCAAACUGGUAGACAAGCCGAGCAGGCUUACACCCCUCCUCCGCCCCACCAGCACUCCUCGCGCCCCCCACCCCAGAACCAGACGGGCCCCCAGGGCUGGUACCCUCCCCAUCCCGCAUCCCAAGCCCAGGAGCUGCACUCUGAUGGGGGCUACAAGGAGAUCCCCGGGGGAUCUAGAGGGCGAGGGAACCAGGGCCCCACGCCCAAGAGAGGCCCGGAGAAUCCCCAAUCAGGGUCAAGAGAGGCCCCAAGUCCCGCCUAUCAGCCCAGCAAGGGGUCAGCAGCGCCGAGGCAAGAGGAGGAAUUGGACCGGCUCACUAAGAAGUUGGUGUAUGACAUGAAUCACCCACCUACAGAGGAAUACUUUGGUCGCUGUGCGCGUUGCGGUGACAAUGUGCUUGGCGACGGCAGUGGCUGUAUCGCCAUGGAGCAGGUGUUCCACGUGGAGUGUUUCACCUGCAUCACCUGCCACGCCCGCCUCCGGGGGCAACCCUUCUACGCCCUGGACAAGAAGAGCUACUGUGAAAGCUGUUACAUUAGUACCCUAGAGCGCUGCUCUAAGUGCUCCAAACCCAUCUUGGACCGUAUCCUGCGGGCCAUGGGAAAGGCCUACCACCCGCGCUGCUUCAACUGUGUGGUGUGUGGCUGCUGCCUGGACGGGGUUCCCUUCACCGUGGACGCCACCUCCCAGAUUCACUGCAUAGAUGACUUCCACAGGAAGUUUGCCCCCCGCUGCUCAGUGUGUGGCCAGGCCAUCAUGCCCGAACCGGGACAGGAGGAGACCGUCAGGAUAGUGGCGCUGGACCGCAGCUUCCACGUCAACUGCUACGUGUGUGAGGAGUGUGGUCUGCUCCUGUCCUCCGAGGGCGAGGGGCGAGGCUGUUAUCCCCUGGACGGUCACAUCCUGUGUAAGGGCUGCAGCGCCCGCCGCAUCCAGGACCUCUCCGCCAAAAUCUCCACUGACUGCUAACCAACUAGGGGACGUCACCCCUGACCCCGCAAUCCUUCCAUUACUGUCACCUGCUCUGAGGUAGAAGUUGCCCUAACGAAUAUAUCUGAGACCAGUUUCACCCCUCUCCAAAUCAUAACCUUAACCACAAGGGGGAAAUGUUAAACUAAGGGCAACUUUGUUCUACUCUACUUUUUCAUACUCUUACUCUACUUUUUCAUACUCUUACUCUACUUUUUCAUACUCUUAUAGUCAAUCUUCGUUCUUCAGAUGCCCAAAGCUGUAGAAUCAGUAGUACCACGUAACCUCAAACUGUCUAUGACAGUCUUCAAUAUGAUGCCGUUAUUUAAUUUCACUUGACUAGGUUUAUUGAUACAUAAUUACAGGUUAAAGACAGGGUAUUGUAACAUGGAUUGACAACAAGUUCCACCACUAUUCCCUAAUCCUUGUCCUCUGGUUUAUACUAGCUGUCACCUAUCCUCUAUAUUGUAUCCUGUACCCCUACUCCCUAUCCACUACACCCUAUCCCGUACCCUUCAGCGCAUACCAGUAUUGUAUAGAGCCUCUGACCUGCAGGCAGCAGGGGCUGCACUAACCCCCCUCCCCCACCCCCACCCACUGCUUAUGUCACACUAAUCCUGCAUGUCCUACACUAUGUCUUACGCUCUAUCCUGCCAGACAUAGAGGGGACAUGGAAGGAGCUCUAUAAUGGCAAAUAAUGAUUGAUGGAUAUUGAUGAUGAUAAGUAGGAAAAUGAGGUGGUGAUGAUGACCAUCUAACCAGUCCAGAUAAUGGAACAUAUAUAUUUUUUGUAUGCCACUAAAGUCAAUAAAAACGCUGAACUGCCUCGCAUGAAAAAACGCACAUAUGCAAAUGAUAUCUGUGACGGAGCAUAUGUUGCAAGUUGAUUUGGUUAUGGAGUGAAUGGGUUUGCAUACGUUUCAUAGGAGAGGAAGUAGCUGUAGCUGGAUUGAUUUGUGAAUAGAAUAGAGGACAAAGAAAGAUUAGGUAGUCAUAAAAAGCAGAUCGCUAAAGUCAAUGCUGUGACCCUAUUUAAUGUUGAAACAGUCCGUUUGUGUCAAGAUGAUAACUUGGCAGCUGACAAGUUUGCCUUGUCAAAACAGAACAGCGAUUUGCAUCAUGAUAAUUGGUACUGCAUUUCCCGAGAAUGUUACUUGUAAGCCAGCCAAAACUCGAAACCCCAUCUUCAAAAUUUGAAUGCGCUUUUUAUUAUUAUAUAAUUUCUCUUUUUAACAUUUGUGUUGAUUUAUACUUGACUGUUACAAUGGUGAAGAAGGUGCAAUGAAGUCUAAUGCUUGCAAUUGUCUUACUGAGAAACCGGGAUCUCAUCCUCUUGUGUUCUUUAUGGGUUUUUGUUUUAGCUUAGUCUUAGGAGUUUGAUUUGUGUUGCUAAUCCAUAUCCUCAUGGCACUAUCGGCCAUGUUGAAGCAUCUCUGAGACAUCGGAGUCCUUCUCACAUUGUUUUGAUGUAAUUUCUCCUUGUGUUUUGCCGUCUUUAAUUUGUUUUGCAACGUAAAAGUGGCUCAUAUGAUUUUGAAAGCUUGAACCCCUUUUUACUUUCAUACGCCUUCAAAACCCAAAUCUGUGUUUGCAUUUGUGUCCAGAAUCACAGUACUUGCUACAGUAGUUGAUCCUUUUCCCUCAGUAUUGGUCUCUGAGCACAAAGAUAUGAAGAUCUCUGUGUGAGCCCUGUGAGUUUCAUUUUCCACUUUUGCGUAUUUAUUUCAACUCCUGUUAUACACUCAUUGAUUCUAAGUCCAUGUUUUAUGGUCGUCACUGCGUGUAAAUGUUUUAUGUUCCAGUGUCAUAUUGAUAAGUACAAGAGAACGGCAAUGAAAUGCUCUAGAAAUAUUACCUAUGAUGACAUGUUCUUUCUGUUUUUGUUUUUGUUUUUUUACCGUCUCACUCUUUCCCUUCAGUGCAGUCUCGUGGUACAAUCGUUCAAAUGUGUGGCCUUGAUGGCCAACAUAUUUUGUUGGCAAGUGUAAUCGGUGGUUUAAAGCCAUUGUUGUAUUGCAGAAUAAUCGAUCUGUCCAUAUGAGGAAUACAAGCUGAGAAUGCUUUUGUACUGAGCAGGUGGUUUGUACAAUGUGGCUCAAGUUUGAAGUAGAUGUGUGAGUGGGUGUGUGUGCAUUUGCUUUUUUCCCCCUAAUGCCGACUGUAGUUCAUAAUCGAUACAAUAAACCAUCCCUAUUUUUCAGCAAA